AAAGAGGGGCGUGGCUUGUACCUGGAGCGUAGCUGUGAAAACUUAAUUAUGGCUACUACACCGUCUAGUCAGUUUUUGAAGCGAAGGGCUCUUCGUAAUGGCCGAGAGAACACUCAGGAAGAUGCUCACCGCCAAGUACAGCAAGGACAGGGAACACUAGAGACUGAGUAUGUGAGCCCAUCUAAUGUCCCACCCCACAAUGAUCUGGAGCUGUUGGCUGUGUUCUAUCAUUUCGCCAUGACCUUGUUCUAUGCUCUACUGCUAUACUAUGGCAACAAGCUUAUGAGUGACAACUUGCACGUAUUAGACCCGAAAGGGAUCAUGCCAAGUUAUGGUGGUCGAUUCAAGUUCCUGACACACAUCAACCAAUGGUUUCAACUGUGUUUCUUUGGUGUUCAGUUUCUCACUGAUCUACUUGCAAACUCCAUCGCAAAACGUAUUCUUCAGAAGGUGUGUGAUGUGUUCUUCACUACCGUGGCUGCUCCUACUUCCUUCUUUGUUGCCGUCACUUUCUGGUCCAUCUACGCGUACGACCGUAGUCUGGUAUAUCCGGAGCGAUUCGAUCUCUUCGUGCCGGCCUACAUGAACCAUUUCUGGCACACUACGAUCGCCGCGUGGGUCUUGUUCGAGACGAUCAUAUGCUUCCAUCACUAUCCUUCUACUGGAACUGCAGCGUGUAUCAACUUUGCUGUGAAUGCCGGUUAUCUGAGCUGGAUCGUGUGGAUCUUUGUCAAAACUGGUUUCUGGGUAUAUCCGAUUCUCAAAGUUCUGCCUCUUCCGUUCCUCACAUUGUUUUGCGGCGGGAGCAUGUUCUUCAGUCUAGUACUGUAUCUGGUUGGUAAGCUUGUGGCUGAUUUGCGAUGGGGAAAGACCGUCUACAUUGAAUAAGAACCUUGAAUAAACUUUAUUAUUAGCGAUUAUUUUCUUACUUGUAGUCUACAUGCGUAUAAUUAUACAUGCUGUAUAUACAUUAAUAGCUUAUAGCUUUCUUUAUAGACACAGGGAACAGUUUAGCAUUAUUUUUUUUCUCCAUUGUAGGCAAUAAUGUUUUUUUCACAC